AUGUCGGCAGCUUCUUCAAGCUCCGUUCUCCACCUCCGAAACAAUCAGUUGUUACCAAUCCGUUCUCUGAAAAAUCCCACCGUCGUUGCUUCUCAAUUGGCCGUCGCGCCUGGCGUCGGUCGGAGACGAGCAUGUACCGCACGAUGCUCCGUGAAGAAACCGGCGGCUCCCGAGAGUCCUUUCCUGGGUACUCGGAUGAGGAGAUCCGGAUCGGAGACGCUUCAGUUCUGGAGAUCGGACGGUCCUGGAAGGUCUCCGAAGCUGAAAACGGUGGUUAGGUCGUCGUUUUCCGGUGUUCCGGAGAAGCCUCUCGGUCUCUACGAUCCUUCCUUCGAUAAAGACUCUUGUGGAGUCGGUUUCGUUGCGGAGUUAUCCGGCGAGACCAGCCGCAAAACGGUGACUGAUUCAUUGGAGAUGUUGAUACGUAUGACUCAUAGAGGCGCUUGUGGUUGUGAGAGCAACACUGGUGACGGCGCUGGGAUUCUCGUCGGUCUUCCUCAUGAGUUCUACGCAGAGGCAACGAAAGAGCUUGGCUUUGUGCUCCCUCCUGCUGGAAAGUAUGCUGUUGGUAUGUUCUUCUUGCCAAAAGCUGAGUCCCGGAGAAAUGAGAGCAAAAAUGUUUUCACCAAGGUUGCUGAGUCGCUUGGGCAUUCAGUUAUUGGGUGGAGGCCAGUUCCUACUGAUAACUCUGGGCUGGGGAAGUCUGCUUUGCAGACCGAGCCGAUUAUCGAGCAGGUUUUCCUCACUCCAACUACUAAAUCGAAAGCCGACCUUGAGCAACAGAUGUAUAUCCUGAGGAGGGUUUCCAUGGUUGCUAUCCGAGCAGCGUUGAACCUUGAACAUGGUGCGAUGAAGGAUUUCUACAUCUGUUCUUUGUCUUCUAGGACUGUUGUCUACAAAGGGCAACUGAAGCCUGAUCAGCUCAAGGACUAUUACUACGCGGAUCUUGGGAGUGAAAGGUUUACGAGCUACAUGGCCCUGGUCCACUCUCGAUUCUCUACCAACACAUUUCCCAGCUGGGAUCGUGCUCAGCCAAUGCGGGUUUUGGGCCACAACGGGGAGAUUAAUACGCUUAGAGGAAACGUGAACUGGAUGAGGGCUCGUGAGGGCCUGCUUAAGUGCAAGGAACUUGGUUUAUCAAAGAACGAGUUGAAGAAGCUUCUACCUAUUGUGGAUGUUAGCUCUUCUGACUCAGGUGCUUUUGAUGGUGUUCUUGAGCUUCUUGUCCGAGCUGGCAGAAGUCUUCCUGAAGCUGUUAUGAUGAUGAUCCCAGAAGCAUGGCAGAAUGACAAAAACAUAGAUCCAAGCAGGAAAGCAUUUUAUGAAUACUUAUCUGCCCUAAUGGAGCCAUGGGAUGGACCUGCUCUCAUCUCAUUUACCGACGGUCGCUACUUAGGUGCCACAUUGGACCGUAAUGGACUUCGUCCUGGUAGGUUCUACAUUACCCACAGUGGAAGGGUUAUCAUGGCUAGUGAAGUUGGGGUAGUGGAUGUACCGCCUGAAGAUGUGAUGAGGAAAGGAAGGCUUAACCCGGGCAUGAUGCUUCUUGUCGAUUUUGAGAAGCAUAUUGUUGUUGAUGACGAUGCCUUGAAGCAACAGUAUUCACAGGCAAGGCCGUAUGGUGAAUGGCUUGAAAGGCAAAAGAUUGAACUUAAAGACAUCAUUAAGUCAGUUCCGGAGAGUGAACGGAUUGCUUCUCCAAUUUCUGGGGUUGUACCGGCGUCUGAUGAUGAUGACUCAAUGGAGAGCAUGGGCAUUCAUGGUUUAUUGUCUCCACUAAAAGCCUUUGGCUAUACAGUUGAGGCCUUGGAAAUGCUGCUGCUUCCGAUGGCUAAAGAUGGCACUGAAGCACUUGGUUCUAUGGGAAAUGAUACUCCUUUAGCUGUGAUGUCAAACAGAGAGAAAUUAUGUUUUGAGUACUUCAAGCAAAUGUUUGCUCAAGUAACCAAUCCUCCAAUCGAUCCCAUUCGUGAGAAAAUUGUUACUUCAAUGGAGUGCAUGAUCGGUCCAGAAGGUGAUCUAACCGAAACAACUGAAGAGCAAUGUCACCGUCUCUCCCUAAAAGGUCCUCUUUUGACCAUAGAAGAGAUGGAAUCAAUCAAGAAAAUGAAUUACAGAGGCUGGAGGACUAAAGUUCUUGAUAUAACGUAUCAAAAAGACCAAGGUACAAAAGGGUUGGAGAAGACAUUGGACCGAAUUUGUGAUGAAGCAAAUGAAGCGAUAAAGGAGGGCUACACAUUACUGGUUUUGUCUGAUCGAGCUUUCUCCGCUACGCGAGUUGCUGUGAGCUCUCUCUUGGCUGUUGGUGCCGUCCAUCACCACCUGGUUAAGACACUUGCGCGCACUCAAGUUGGUUUGGUAGUGGAAUCUGCUGAACCACGUGAAGUGCAUCAUUUCUGCACACUUGUCGGAUUCGGAGCAGAUGCUAUUUGCCCAUAUUUGGCUGUUGAGGCCGUUUUUAGAUUGCAGGUCGAUGGCAAGAUACCACCCAAAUCUAAUGGGGAAUUCCAUUCGAAAGAGGAGCUGGUCAAGAAGUAUUACAAGGCCAGUAACUAUGGAAUGAUGAAGGUUCUUGCCAAAAUGGGAAUUUCUACUCUGGCCUCAUACAAGGGUGCUCAAAUAUUUGAAGCUCUUGGGCUUUCGUCUGAAGUAAUAGAGAAGUGUUUUGCUGGCACCCCAAGCAGAGUGGAAGGAGCAACAUUUGAGAUGCUUGCACGAGAUGCGCUUCUUUUGCAUGAGAUGGCCUUUCCAGCCCGUGGCUAUGCCCCUGGAAGUGCUGAAGCCUCGGCACUUUCCAACCCUGGGAACUAUCACUGGAGGAAAAAUGGGGAGAUUCAUCUCAAUGAUCCUCUGGCGAUUGCAAAACUGCAAGAGGCAGCACGGACUAACAGUGUCGCUGCCUACAAAGAAUACUCGAAGCGUAUAAAUGAAUUGAACAAGCAAAGUAACUUGCGCGGGUUUAUGAAGUUCAAAGAAGCAGAUGUAAAGAUUCCUCUAGAUGAAGUGGAGCCUGCCAGUGAAAUCGUUAAACGGUUCUGCACUGGCGCCAUGAGUUAUGGAUCAAUAUCACUGGAGGCGCAUACAACCCUUGCAAUGGCCAUGAACAAACUUGGAGGAAAGUCCAAUACAGGUGAGGGAGGGGAACUGCCAUCCCGUAUGGAGCCUCUUCCAGAUGGUUCAAGGAAUCCGAAAAGAAGUUCCAUCAAACAAAUUGCUAGUGGAAGAUUUGGAGUUUCGAGCUACUAUCUUACUAAUGCCGAUGAGCUGCAGAUAAAGAUGGCUCAGGGUGCUAAACCUGGUGAAGGAGGCGAGCUACCUGGCCACAAGGUUAUAGGAGACAUCGCUAUCACCAGAAAUUCCACCGCCGGUGUGGGGCUUAUCAGUCCACCUCCUCAUCAUGAUAUCUACUCUAUCGAGGAUCUUGCCCAACUAAUUCAUGAUCUUAAGAAUGCCAACCCUGGGGCCCGUAUUAGUGUUAAACUUGUAUCGGAAGCUGGUGUUGGAGUUAUUGCUAGCGGUGUGGUGAAAGGCCACGCUGACCAUGUUCUGAUAGCAGGUCAUGAUGGAGGUACUGGUGCAUCUCGCUGGACCGGUAUAAAAAAUGCUGGUCUUCCGUGGGAACUUGGUCUAGCUGAGACACACCAAACUCUUGUCGCUAAUGACCUUCGUGGUCGUACUGUUCUUCAGACAGAUGGCCAACUGAAAACUGGCAGAGAUGUUGCAGUUGCUGCGCUUCUUGGUGCAGAAGAGUUUGGUUUUAGUACUGCACCCCUUAUUACACUCGGGUGUAUCAUGAUGAGAAAAUGCCACAAGAACACCUGCCCUGUGGGAAUUGCUACUCAAGAUCCAGUUCUCCGUGAAAAAUUUGCUGGGGAGCCUGAACAUGUCAUUAAUUUCUUCUUUAUGCUUGCUGAGGAAGUUAGGGAGAUCAUGUCUGGACUUGGUUUCCGAACUCUAACUGAAAUGAUUGGUCGGGCAGAUAUGCUUGAACUUGACAGGGAAGUGGUCAAGAACAAUGAUAAGCUGGAGAACAUUGACCUCUCUCUUUUGCUCAAACCCGCUGCUGAGAUUCGUCCUGGGGCUGCUCAGUACUGUGUCCAGAAACAAGAUCAUGGCUUAGACAUGGCUUUGGAUCAAGAGCUUAUUGCAUUGUCCAAGUCUGCUCUAGAGAAAUCUCUUCCGGUGUACAUUGAAACUCCUAUCUGCAACGUCAACCGUGCUGUUGGGACUAUGCUGAGCCAUGAGGUUACCAAACGCUAUCACUUGGCUGGGCUACCAAAGGAUACAAUUCAUAUCAAGUUCAAAGGAAGUGCUGGGCAGAGUCUUGGUGCUUUCCUGUGUCCUGGAAUUACGCUAGAACUGGAGGGUGAUAGCAACGACUAUGUUGGAAAAGGUCUCUCCGGAGGAAAAGUCGUUGUCUACCCUCCUAAAGGAAGCAGCUUUGAUCCAAAAGAAAACAUUGUUAUCGGUAACGUAGCACUUUACGGGGCCACUAGUGGUGAAGCCUACUUUAAUGGGAUGGCUGCUGAAAGAUUCUCUGUUCGUAAUUCUGGUGCCAAAGCUGUUGUGGAAGGUGUUGGUGAUCAUGGUUGUGAGUACAUGACUGGUGGUACUGUUGUGGUGCUUGGAAAGACUGGUAGAAACUUUGCUGCUGGUAUGAGUGGUGGUAUUGCUUAUGUCCUUGAUGUGGAUGGAAAGUUUCACACGAGAUGCAACCUUGAACUGGUUGAUCUGGACAAAGUUGAAGAUGAAGACGACAAAAUGACGCUAAAAAUGAUGAUCCAGCAACAUCAGCGACACACAGACAGCCAACUUGCUCAAGAAGUUCUUGCGGACUUUGAGAAUUUGGUACCGAAGUUUGUCAAGGUUUUCCCAAGAGAUUACAAACGUGUUUUAUCAGCCAUGAAACAUGAAGAGGUCUCGAAUCAAGCCAUAGAGCGUGCUUCUGAAGAAGCUGACGAGAUGGAAGAGAAAGAACUAGAGGAGAAAGACGCCUUUACAGAGCUGAAGAACAUGGCAGCUGCCUCUUCAAAAGAGGAGAUGUCAGGAAACGGCGUGGCAGCUGAAGCUCCGAAGAAACCUUCUCUGGUAAAUGAUGCUGUUAAACAUCGUGGUUUCAUUGCUUAUGAACGUGAGGGAGUUAAGUACAGGGACCCUAAUGUUCGUCUUCAUGACUGGAACGAAGUCAUGGAGGAAUCAAAACCUGGACCGCUCCUUACAACUCAGUCUGCUCGCUGCAUGGACUGUGGAACUCCAUUCUGCCACCAGGAGAACUCUGGGUGUCCGCUUGGUAACAAGAUCCCUGAAUUCAAUGAACUUGUCUACCAGAACAGAUGGCAAGAAGCGUUGAACCGUCUACUUGAGACAAAUAACUUUCCCGAAUUCACUGGGCGAGUUUGCCCUGCACCAUGUGAAGGUUCUUGUGUUCUUGGAAUAAUUGAGAACCCUGUUUCUAUCAAAAGCAUCGAAUGUGCUAUCAUAGAUAAAGCCUUUGAUGAAGGGUGGAUGGUACCAAGACCUCCUCUCAAGAGAACAGGGAGAAAAGUUGCAAUUAUCGGAAGUGGGCCGGCUGGACUGGCUGCUGCUGACCAGCUGAACAAAAUGGGUCACUCGGUAACCGUGUAUGAGCGUGCUGACAGAAUUGGCGGGCUUAUGAUGUAUGGAGUCCCAAACAUGAAGACUGACAAAAUUGACAUAGUUCAACGUCGGGUUGAUCUUAUGACCAAAGAAGGUAUCAACUUUGUGGUCAAUGCCAAUAUUGGAAAAGACCCGUCUUUCUCCCUGGAUGGACUUAAGGAGGAGAAUGAUGCAAUCGUUCUUGCUGUUGGUUCCACAAAACCAAGAGAUCUUCCAGUGUCUGGUCGUGAGCUAUCUGGUGUUCACUUUGCCAUGGAGUUUCUUCAUGCAAACACCAAAAGCUUGCUUGAUAGCAAUCUUGAAGAUGGCAAUUACAUUUCCGCAAAGGGGAAAAAGGUUGUCGUUAUUGGUGGAGGUGAUACGGGCACAGAUUGCAUUGGAACAUCUAUCCGCCAUGGAUGCACCAACAUUGUAAACCUAGAGCUUCUUCCUCAGCCACCUUCAACGAGAGCUCCAGGAAACCCUUGGCCACAGUGGCCUCGUGUAUUCCGUAUUGACUACGGACAUCAAGAAGCAGCGACCAAAUUCGGAAAGGACCCUAGAACCUAUGAGGUCUUAACUAAGCGAUUCAUAGGAGAUGACAAUGGAAACGUGAAAGGGCUAGAGAUUGUGCGCGUGAGUUGGGAGAAGGAUGAAACCGGGAGGUUCCAAUUCAAGGAGAUCGAAGGCUCCGAGGAAAUAAUUGAAGCGGACCUUGUUUUCUUAGCCAUGGGAUUCCUUGGACCUGAGCCAACACUUGCCGAGAAACUAGGACUCGAAUGUGACAACAGGUCGAACUUUAAGGCAGAGUAUGGCCGGUUUUCAACAACAGUGGAAGGUGUUUUUGCUGCAGGUGAUUGUCGAAGAGGACAGUCUUUGGUGGUCUGGGCCAUCUCAGAAGGACGCCAAGCUGCAUCUCAGGUCGACAAAUACCUCAGCAAAACUGAUGACGACCAAGCAGAUGCCAAGCUACGACAGAGCCUCAACCAGAUGAAGCACAACGACACUAGGACGAGUUAAGAGACAGGAAGACCUCACAUCUGAAGCAAAAGUUGAAAACUUUGCUCUUUCUAAAACAGGAGGCGAAAAGAACCGACUUAUUGCAGAGAUGGAGAUUGCAGGAGGAAAAUGAUCUUGGAAGAGGAGGAGAAAGGGAAGGAAAAAAAGCUUAGGUUGUCUUUGUUUGUUAUCGUCCAUAUGGUAAUAAUGAUUUAUAAGUACAUUUUCUUGGUAGGGUUUCGUUAGCUUUCUUUUUUUAAUGCUUUCGAAAAUUGAAGGCCUUUUGUUUUUCUCUAUGGCUGCUUCUGGAUUUUAAUUUAAGGAAAGGUAAUGCAUAGUUCCUUGUUAUUUUUG